AUGGAUAUGAAAGAAAGAUCAUAUUAUCAGUCAUGGAAGCUUGUCUUCUUCUGCAUAAUCUCUACCUUCUUCAACCAAGCCUUCUCAGACGGUUGUGUGUUGAAUUUCACUUACCCUUAUCAACCAACCGGUGAGUGCAUCGGAAAGCAGAAGAAAUUCGCAAUCUGGGAUGGCAUCCACACGACAAUCUGCUGUCGAAAUGUACUCAACACCAUGACAAAAGCUUUAGCCUUUCGUGCGCAUAAUGCAGUGAACGAUAACAUUUUCAUGGAAGAGAACCUCUGGAGAGAUUGCACCGGUUCAUUCCCUAUCCAGAACACUGUCUCUGCUGAAGCUUGUGGAUUUGGUGAUCUUUUUAAUGGGAGUGCCGGGUGUUCGAGCUUUUCUCUAGUUGAUAUUCAGGAUGAACUGGCAUACAAUGAGGCCUUGGAGUCAUGUUCUAACUUCAACACUUCGUUUGUCGAUGAGUGCACGAAGUGCGCGGGCUCUUUAUUGAGAGCAAGGGAUCAUCUACUGGAACAAUUUUCUGCAAAUGCGCAAGAUGAUUAUCAGAGAAGGAUGUGUGGAAUCGCGACCAUAGUUUCUGUUGCAGCUGCUAAAUUCGAUGAUCGAAAUCUGAUCGACGAUUUCUAUAAGUGUUUGCCUAUUUUUGAUGACUUUGAUUCAGGUUAUAUGAGAAUAAGAUAUUCUGUGGUGAAAGCAUUGGUUUCAAUCCUAAUAGCAUCGGUCACGCUAACGCUGGUUCUGCUACUUGUCAAGUAUGUGACAAAGAGAAAGCCUCGCAGUGCAGUUGUUCAACCUAAACAGUCUGCAGCCUGGUCUAGCCUGUACAGAUUCUCCAAGACCGAGAUCGAAAACGCCAUGAAUUAUAGCAGUGAAAGGAAGUUCUUAGGCAGAGGAAGUGCUGGUCGGGUUUAUAAAGGUGUUUUGCCUAGUGGACAAGUUGUGGCAAUCAAGCACAUACAUAACAGCAGCAAAUCUGAUUCGUUUGCCAGGGAAGUAGAUGGUCUCUUGAGGGUUAGACAUCCAAACCUUGUUUGCCUUUUUGGCUGUUGCGUCGAAGGCGGGGAACAGUAUCUGGUCUACGAGUAUUGUUCAGCUGGAAAUUUAGCUCAAAAUCUUCAAAGUAAAGACAAUGUCUUAACAUGGGAAAGAAGGGUCAAGAUAUUGAGAGAUUGUGCACUUGGACUGAGAUAUCUCCACCACUACAUAGAUGGCUGCAUUGUACACAGAGAUAUCAAGCUCACAAACAUCCUUUUGACCGACCACUUAGAACCGAAGCUCUCGGAUUUCGGGUUAGCAAAGAUGCUUGGGAUGGAGGAGAGCAAAGUAUUUACAGAUGUUAGAGGAACAAUAGGUUAUAUGGACCCUGAAUACAUGACCAAUGCCAAGCUAACUUGCGCUAGCGACAUAUACAGCUUUGGCAUUGUAAUUCUGCAGCUUCUAUCAGGACAGAAAGUCAUUGAGCUGGAUCUUGAUGCCAGAGAUCAGCUCACAAGAAAGGCGAAGGAUGUGAGUUUGGGGAGGCGUCCAUUGUCGGAUUUUGAAGAUCCGAGGCUGAAUGGGAAUGUGAACAGGACAGACUUUGGAUCAAUACUUGAAGUUGCAGUCCUAUGUGUCGCGAAAUCAAGCAAAGGACGCCCAACGAUCGAUGUUGUGUUCGAUGAAUUGGACAAGGCCUGGAAAAACACAGCUGCUGAAAUGAGAAACAAUAUGGAAUUGGAUUCAUCAAUGGCAUCGAUGUCGGCUUCAUUGGAAGUGAUUUCAGUCUGA